CUGUUUCUUCUCUGAUUCCACAACAGUGUAAGGGCAUCCUCGAUGCAAAAGAUCUUAGGGAGUUUUUCACCCUAGAAUUUGCAAAGAGGAUACCUUAUAUAAUAUACCCUCUUUGCAAAUCUUAUGGUGAAAAACCCCUAAGAUCCUUUGCAUCGAGGAUGGUCUAAUCCUCCCUACAAAAAAAAAUAAACGAUUAUUUAUUUUCUUUCUUCUUUCAUUAUCUUUUACCACUUUUCAUAUAUAUCAAACCAAACCCAAAGUUUAUAUUUCUUCCUCUGUAUUCAUUCGUUUUCUUACAAAAAAUUAUAAGCUUUCUUCGUCUUCAUCCUCCUCUUGUUGGUUUAUAAGCUUCGACACCCAUAUUUGUUGGUUUCUAACGUUGAUCAAGCUUCAAUCUUUCUAGCUUCUUGUUCUCGCUGAAGGAGGUUGACUACUAGCUAACGUCUUAAAGUUUUCGUAAACACCGACCAAAAAUCUUCUCUACCGGGGGAAAAAAAAGUUUAGAGCCUUUCUGGGUCUGAAAACGCCAAAGAUCAAAUCGUAUUUUUGUUUGCAUUUCGGAAUAUAUAUAUCGAGCUCCUGAGUAUUAUCAUCGUUAGGGCUCUUCAACCAAGCUACAUUUGUCGGAAGAAGUUUAAAAAGCUCGUUGCUUUAUGCAUUUGAGUCGAGCUCUGUUUCUUUAUACAUCGAUCUGAGUUCUCAGAUCAACCCCCAAGAAAAAAAAAAGUUCUGUUCUUUAAAUGAUUCGUGAUAUCUCAAGUCUACAAAACGACAUCAUAAACAUUCAAGACCAUUGUUCACUCAACAACAACAACAACAACAACAAGAAGAUGGACAUGAGAAGAGAUAACCGGAAGAACAUCAGUUUUCGUGGAUCAGCUCCAGCUCCGAUUAUGAGGAAGCAAGAACUGUUUCGGACAUUGUCGUCCCAGAACAGUCCCAGGAGGCUAAUAUCAGCGAGUUACUUCAGUUUGGAAUCAAUGGUUGUCCUUGUGGGUCUCACUGCAUCUCUCUUGAUCUUACCGUUGAUUCUUCCCCCACUGCCUCCUCCUCCCUUCAUGCUGCUUUUGAUUCCUAUUGGGAUUAUGGUUUUGCUUAUGGUUCUUGCUUUCAUGCCUUCUUCUAAUUCCAAACAUGUAGUAACUUCUUCUUCUUCUCCUUCCACUUUUAUGUAAUACGUUUCUUUAAUUGAAGAAAUCUUAUAUAUAAAAAAAAAACAGAGAGGAGAUUUUUGUCAAUUGUCGUCAUUUAUUUAUGGUUUCAGGGUAAAGAGAUUAAUACUA